UUCCCUUACCCCGAGAGUUGGAACCAGGAAGGGGAGUUGAGAGCAGCAGGCGGGCGGGCGGGCGGACGCACAUACGGGGCUUUGGCAUCUCUCCGGUUCCGGGAAGAAGAAGAAGAGGAAGAGGAAGAGGAAGAGGAAGAAGAGAAGACCCCGCGCCCUCCCUCCCUUCUUCCCCCCUCCCUCCAGAAACAAGCCAGCCCCCUGGUUCCGGCAUGGAGGGCGGCGUGGACGGCCCCAUCGGGAUCCCCUUCCCGGACCACAGCAGCGACAUCCUGAGCAGCCUGAACGAGCAGCGCAACCACGGCCUGCUGUGCGACGUGGUGAUCCUGGUGGACGGGCAGGAGUUCCCGACCCACCGCUCGGUGCUGGCGGCCUGCAGCGAGUACUUCAAGAAGCUCUUCACCUCGGGCCUGGUGGUGGACCAGCAGAACGUCUACGAGAUCGACUUCGUGACGGCCGAGGCGCUGUCAGCGCUGCUGGAGUUCGCCUACACGGCCACGCUGACCGUCAGCACCUCCAACGUGGGCGAGAUCCUGGACGCGGCCACGCUGCUGGAGAUCCAGGCCGUGCGCGAGGUCUGCACCGACCUCCUGGAGAGGAAGAUUCUGGCCAAGAACCACGACCAGAUGGACUCAGUAGAUCAAAUUGAUCAGCGCAACCACCUCCGAGCCAAGGAGUACCUGGAGUUCUUCCAAAGCAACCCCAUCAACGGCCAGCCGGCGGGCGCUUUCUCGUGGACCAACCAAGACCUGCGCGACCUGCAGCGGCUCGGCUUCCGGGGCCCCGACGGGGCGGCGGCCGAGGACGAGCCGGACUCCAACGGCAUGGACUUCUACUCCCAGGCCGCCGGCGAGAGACCAAAGCCCGGCGAGUGCGACCCCGACAGCAACCCCGGCCUGUGGCUGGACCGGGAGGAGGAGAAGCCCGCCCUCUUCGCGCCCUCCCAGAACGGCCAGGACGAGGGGCCCCCGCCGCCGCCCCUCCCGCCGGACGCCCCGGACGCGGCCGACUCCCCGGCCUUCGCCCUCAAGGACGAGGAGGCCGACCUGGCCCGAGAGGUGGACGGCCUGGCCGCCAGCGCCCUCCUCCAGCAGAUGAUGAACUCGGUGGGGCGCCAGCAACAACAACAAGGCGGCGAGGAGGAGCGCAAGGAGGACGUGGACGGGGUGAUGGAUUAUUACUUGAAAUACUUUAGCACUUCCCAGGAGGGGCGGGAGUACUCGCCGUGGUCGCAGAAGGGCGAGAAGAAGAUCCGGGCCAAAGCAUUCCAGAAGUGCCCCAUCUGCGAGAAGGUCAUCCAGGGCGCCGGGAAGCUGCCCCGACACAUCCGGACCCACACCGGCGAGAAGCCCUACGAAUGUAACAUUUGCAAGGUCCGGUUCACCAGGCAGGACAAGCUGAAGGUGCACAUGCGGAAGCACACGGGCGAGAAGCCCUACCUGUGCCAGCAGUGCGGGGCGGCCUUUGCCCACAACUACGACCUGAAGAACCACAUGCGCGUCCACACCGGCCUGCGCCCCUACCAGUGCGAGAGCUGCUUCAAGACGUUCGUCCGCUCCGACCACUUGCACCGGCACCUUAAGAAAGACGGCUGCAACGGCAUCCCCUCCCGCCGGGGCCGGAAACCCCGGGCGCGGGAGGCCGCCCUCGUCGCGCCCGGCCCGGCCUCGCACCCCGACGGGAACGACGACAACGAGGAGGCCGAGGAGGAGUACCCGGAGGAGGGCGCCUUGCCGCUCCAGGACGGCCUCGAACAGCACUUUGACGGCGACGACGACGACAACGGCAACGACCUCGGCGGUGGCGACUGCGGCGACCGCGGCCAAGGCGACCUCGGCGGCGGUUCCGGGAGCCUGAAUGUAGCGGGGGGUUCGUCCGAGGGCAACGCGCCGGGACUCUCCUAAACCAAAAAGUCAGAGCAAAACAAAUACGAGUGUCACAAAAUCUAGUUAUUCACGUUCCUCCAGAGAAAGAGAGAGAAACAACAAAAAAUUUACAUAACACACACGUAUAUAUGUAUAUAUAUAUAUGUAUAAAUAUAAAUAUAUAUGGUUUCCUUUUGGGGGAAAGGGGAAAAGGAACGUACAGAAUUAGCCUUAUAGGUCUAUCGUAUAGCUAUCUCUUCCUCCCUUGCUGGGCCCAUAACCUCCUUCCCCGCAUUGGCCUCGGUUUUCGGGUCGGAACCAGAUCGAGAACGCGGGUCGGGAAAAGAUAGCGAUAGAACACGAGACGAAGCUUCCAGAAUUGUUGUUUGUCCAGAGUUUAAAAGCUAUAUUAUGUAUGUGUAUAUAUAUAUAUAUAUAUAUAUAUAUUUACACACGUCUAAAUGUUAUAACGGGAGAUAUUUUUUAUCUAUUUUAGUACGCAAGGCAGUUCCAAAGGGAUACCAAACAGGAGAGGGCAGUGUGCUUUAAAUAAUGUUAGAGAUGCUUAGGGAAGAUAUUUUUCCCCUUCCUGUCUUCCUUCCUUCUUUACUUCCUUUUUCUCUUUGUUUCUUUCUUCCUUCGCCACCAGCCUGAGGCCCAUAACCCUUGUCGAUUCUCCAUAGUUGUCUACUGGACCCAUAACCCUAUUAGAGUCUCCAUAUUUAUCUGUUGGGCCCAUAACCCUUUUAGGGUCUCCAUAUUUAUCUGCUGGGCCCAUAACCCUUUUAGGGUCUCCAUAUUCAUCUGCUGGGCCCUAACCCUUUUAGGGUCUCCAUAUUCAUCUGCUGGACCCAUAACCUAUUAGAGUCUCCAUAUUUAUCUGCUGGGCCCAUAAUCCUUUUACGGUCUCCAAAUUUAUCUGUUGGGCCCAUAACCCUAUUAGGGUCUCCAUAUUCGUCUGAUGGGCCCAUAACCCUUUUAGGGUCUCCAUAUUUAUAUGCUGGUCCCAUAGCUUUUUAGGGUCUCCAUAUUCAUCUGCUGGGCCCAUAACCCUUUUAGGGUCUCCAUAUUUAUAUGCUGGGCCCAUAACUUUUUAGGGUCUCCAUAUUCAUCUGCUGGGCCCAUAACCCUUUUAGGGUCUCCAUAUUUUUCUGCUGGGCCCAUAACCUAUUAAGAUUUCCAUAUUUUUCUGCUGGGCCCAUAACCUAUUAGGAUUUCCAUGUUUAUCAGCUGGGCCCAUAACCCUUUUAAGGUCUCCAUGUUUUUCUGCUGGACCCAUCACCUAUUAGAAUUUCCAUGUUUAUCUGCUUGGCCCAUAACCCUAUUAGGGUCUCCAUGUUUUUCUGCUGGACCCAUAACCUAUUAGAAUUUCCAUAUUUUUCUGCUUAACCCAUAACCUAUUAGAAUUUCCAUGUUUAUCUGCUGGGCCCAUAACCCUAUUUGACUCUCAGGUUUGGUGAAGUACAAACAUCUCAAUAUUCCCACGUUUUGCAACCGUCGUAGCUGUAAAACAACCUGCUCUUUCUUUUCUUUCACUUAUUUCUUGAAAUUUUUCCUACGCCGAAGGGCGAUAUUUGGGGAUUCUGGUGCUCCUUUUCCCGUAUUUUUAGAUAGAUUAAAUAGAGUGAAAGUUAGCAGGGAAAUAAUCAGGUUGGCCGAAAAUGGCACCGCUAUCUCGAAGCUAAAAAAAACAAAACCAAGGACACUUUUUUAGACAGAUUUUUAAAAUAUAUAUAUAGAUGAUAAGAGAAAAAGAGAGAAAGAUUUUAGUAUUUUUCUUAUUUUUUUUUCCCAAGCACUUUUUAGCCUUUUUUUUUUUUUUUGCAUAAUUUGAUGAUUUUGAAAAAAGGUAAACCGUUUGGUGGAAUGUAUCGGAGGCGGGGAGUGAGUUGUGUUGUGUGUUUGCGGACAAAAAGUUUGUCAGGGAUUUUUUGGGGGUGUUUUUAUUUAAUACCGAAGACGAAGAAAAAGCAAUAUUGAAAAAAAAAACAAAAACAAAAAAUAAGAUCGGAAAGAAACAAAACAAAAAAAAGUCUUAGCACUUUGAAACGGAACGGGUACUUUUGAAAUCACUUUAUCUUAAUUUAAAAGAAAUAUAUAUAUAUAUAUAUAAAAUAAGAAAGACAGAAAGCACCUAUGUUUACACGUCGGGAACCCUCUUCUAUCUACUACAGGAAAGAAUUUUUUUUAUUAUUUAUGGUUUUUAUGAUUCAAAAAUAAUAAUGACAAUUCCUAGAAUUUGAAUUUAUUUUUGUAAGAGACAAAAACACAAAAAAAAUCCACAGAUAUGUAUGUCGUAUCUCUCUCAAUAUAUAUAUACAUAUAUCUAUAUAUUUUGGGGGGGGGAAAAGAGAAAACAAAAAUGGGAGGAUCUGAGUUAAUUAGAUUCUGUGACACAGCGAAAUUUAGAAUUACCUAUCUAUAUAUUAUGACAAGAAAAAAAAAAGCAACCCUCGGAAGUGAUUCGCACUUCGGGGGGGGAGAAAAAAUAUACACAAUGGAAGCUUGAAUUUUUAAGCAGGAAUCAUGGGGUUUUGUUUUUGUGUAUGGUUUAUUCCCCCGCCCCUUUUUAUGUUCUUUCUAAAACGAAAAUAUGUCUUACAUAGCCAGUGCUGACCUGUGUGCGUUCUCAUUGUUUUUCCCAUCAUCCUCGGCCGCUAAGUCUUGGGACCUCCUUCUGUUGUUGUUGUUUCGGACUAUUUGGGCUUCCGGCGAGUUUUCGGAAUCGGGCGGGGAAGCGUUGGCGAUUUGACGUUCCUCCCGAAAAUUCGAUUUUUAGCACAAUUUUGGUCUGUUUUGAUUGCGAUUGUCCGUAUUGUCCUCGUUUCGCCCUGAUUCGAACCCUGUUUGGACAAUUUGGAUCUUCUGUGGACAAUUUAUCUACUGGACCCAUAACCCUUUUAGGUUGUCCGUAUUUGUCUUCUGGGCCCAUAACCCUAUUAGGAUGUCCAUGUUUAUCUGCUGGGCCCAUAACCCUAUUCGACUCUCUAUUUGCUGGGCCCAUAACCCUAUUUGACUCUUUAUUUGCUGGGACCAUAACCCGUUUGGGGUCUCCAUAAUUAUUUUCUGGGCCCAUAACUCUAUUUGACUCUUUAUUUGCUGGGCCCAUAACCCUAUUUGACUCUUUAUUUGCUGGGCCCAUAACCCUUUUGGGGUCUCUGUAUUUAUCUGCUGGUCCCAUAACCCUAUGAGGGUUCACUCUCCGUUUUCUAAAUUUUGUUUUUUAGUCGUUUGGAAGAAAUAAACAAAUGGGAUAAAGACAGUCGUUUCUUUAUCCAAAACAAUAGGAUAAAUUUAAGGGAGAGACAAAAUUUUCCAGCAAUUUCACAAUUUCCGUAUUUUUCUAAACGCCUUUUUCUAAACGCCUACAUUGCGAAAUUCCUUCUGUUUUGGUCAACAAAAGGAAUUAAAGAUUGGCGUUUCCAGAAUGGGAUAAAUUCGAGAGAUAGACGACAUUUCCCAGCAAUUUCCGUAUUUUUCUAAAUAAUUAAAGAUUGGCGUUUCCAGAAUGGGAUAAAUUCGAGGGAUAGACAACAUUUCCCAGCAAUUUAGCAAUUUCCGUAUUUUUCUAAAAACCGUCCGUUUUGGUCAACAAAAGGAAUUAAAGAUUGGAUGAGAAACGAUAGGAUGGAGAAAUAUUAUUUUGUCUGUUCCGCUUCCGACUUUUUCUCGCCUGGCGGAAUCGCGAAGGAGGUCCCAGCACUUACUUCCAUGCGGACGCGGCGCAAUUUCCCUCCCUGGCUUAGCACUGAGUCUAAAACAAACCGAUUGCAUAUGCAAAAAAAACAACAACAACACCCCCUUAGACUUUGUUGUAAAUAGUGACAUGAGGUUCUUUUCUCGUGAUCCGAAGAGUUGUGGUAUCUCUCCCCUCCGUUCAUGUUUUGUGUGCAUUCCUCUCUUUUCUUCUUCUCGCUCUUUCUCUCCCCAUCUCGCUCGCUUCCAGAUAGCGUACGAACGGCACAAGAGAUAUUAUUCCUCUCCCUCCUUUUUUUUUUGGGUCGUUUUUACCCCCUUCUAGAGUUCAGGGAUUUUGAUUUUCAACGCUUCCCUUUUAAUAGAAAAGGAAUUCCUUCUUAUAUAUAAGUAUCUCAGAAAAAAAACUAUGCGGCCUAUGAAUCUCUCGUAGCGAGAUCCUAGUAAGAGUUGCCCCCAAAUAACGCCACUUUCUCGGACCGUUUUAUAGAAUGUAUCCCGUUUUUCCCUGUUUUCGUUUUCACGCUUCUCGGGUUCGUCUUAGGAUCCUCUCGUUUUGUCCCCCGUUCGAGAAGCUUUUCCUCCAUUUCUCGCUCUCUCCGCAGGACCCAACGUUUCGUUUACAGGGCAAACUUAUUAUUAAAAUUAUUCAAGGAGGGAAACUUAAUUAGAUAUCUGUAUCCCAGCAAAAGACUAUGUGGCCCAGGUUUUAUAGAAUGUAUCCCGUUUUUCCCCGUUUCCGUUUUCACGCUUCUCGGGUUCGUCUUAGGAUCCGCUCGUUUUGUCCCCCGUUCGAGAAGCUUUUCCUCCGUUUCUCGCUCUCUCUGCAGAACCCAAAUUUUCGUUUUCAGGGCAACCUUAUUAUUAAAAUUAUUCAAGUUGGAAAACUUAAUUAAAUAUCUGUUUCCCAGCAAAAGACUAUGUGGCCCAGGUGCACGAGUCUCGGAGCGAGAUCCUGGUCGGGCCCCGUAAAAAUUGCCCUCAAGUAACUCCACUUUUUUCGCUCUCGUUCUGUUUCCAUUGUUUUCCUUCCUUUUUCCCCCUUUGAGCAGGGAUAGCAGCGCACCUUAUCGCAAUGGGGAUUAUAUUGUAUGUUUGUACGGGGAAUCUGUGGGGCGACGGCAACACUUUUGACACAAGCCUUGGGAUGUGUUUGCACUAGAAACAGAGAGAGAAAACUGUGUAUUUGUGAUGCCUUAACCUCCGCGAUUUCCGCACUUUUUGUCCGAACGAAAGAGACCCGGAUCUCUCCGCACGCAGGGUUUAUUUCCCCCCCUUAUUCUCAAAUUAUAUAUGUGUAUAAUAUAUAUAUAUAUGACCUUUGAUUUUUAAAAAAAAAUUAUUUUAUUUUUCCAAAAAAAAUAAUAAUAUUAAUAUGCAGGUUGUGAUAAAGUGUUGCCAAAGAAAUUGUCGAUUUUUACCGCGUUUCAGGAAGAAGAAGCUCAACGCCUCGAAAGACACAUCUCUUGUUUUUGUCGGUUUGUUUAAAAAAAAUGAUGGUCGUUCUCCAUGUAAUUUCAAGUCCGUUUGUUGAAUUUGUACUUUUCAGGGUUUGUGUGUCUUCUCGUUCUUCUAAAUAUAAGAAUUUUAUUCGGAAGGGGGAAAGGUUAUGGGCGGUUUCGUGCUCGUUCCGCCAUCGGUAUCCACCGAUAUUUUAGAAAAAAAUUGGGAUUUGGUUUAAAAUUAUAUCUCUGGAAUUGCUGGAUUGGAGGAUCAAUAAUAAUAAAAACCCAAGAAUGUCCAUAUUAAGUUUUUAGGAGUGAUAGGUUUUGUGGUCAGAAUGUGGAGACUUAGAAGGACACACAAACCCUGCUGCCGUUGCCUUUGAACCCGCGGCGGAAACGCCGUCCCCGUCCCGCUCGCUUUUUGUACUUUCCCUCCCUUGCGUUUGUGACUCCAUCUUGGCCUCGCUUUGAAUGUCGAAAAAGGGCGGAAAGUGUCGAGUUGUGGGGGGUCAAUUCGGAUAAAUUCUGUAGCUCUUAAUAGGACGAAAUUUUCGCCCCAGACCGAAAACUUGUCAUUCUCGCACUUCCCGUUCCAUUUCGUUCCUUUUUAAAUGAAAUGUCUCCCCUUUUGUCUGUUGGAUGGGUCUCCGUUCUCAAAUAUUUAGAAUGAAUUCUGUUGUUUUUGGGAAGUAUAUUUCCGAAAAAUCUCUGAUGAAUUCCGUUGGUUUUUUGGGAAAUAUAUUUCCGAAAAAUCUCUGAUGAAUUCCGUUGUUUUUUGGGAAAUAUAUUUCCAAAAAAAUUAGGAGGAAUUCUGUUGUUUAUGAUGAAAUAUAUUUCCGAAAAAUCUCUGAUGAAUUCCGUUUUUUUGGGAAAUAUAUUUCCAAAAAAUCUAGGACGAAUUCUGUUGUUUUUUGGAAAAUAUAUUUCCGAAAAAUUUAGGAUGAAUUCCGCUAUUUUAGGGGGGAGUAUAACUCAGAAAAAAUUAGGAGGAAUUCCAUUGCUUUUAGGGAAAUAUAUUUCUGAAAAAUUUAGGAGGAAUUCUGUUGUUUUUGGUGAAAUAUAUUUCUGAAAAAUCUCUGAUGAAGUCCGUUGUUUUUUGGGAAAUAUAUUUCCAAAAAUUUUUGGAUGAAUUCCGCUGUUUUAGGGAGGAGUAUAUUUCUGAAAAAAUCAAGGACGAAUUCUGCUGUUUUUGGGGAAAUAUAUUUCUGAAAAAUUAGUUGUUUUGGGGGAAAGUUUAUUUCCGAAAAAUCAGGGACGAAUUCCGUUGUUUUUGGGGAAGUAUCUUUCCAAAAAAUCAGUUGUUUUUGUGGAAGUACAUUUCUGAAAAAAAAAUCUCAUAAUUGUAAAGGAUGGGGAAGAUGCGAGUGUUUGUCAUGCAGAGAGUAGCGUUAACCCGUUAAUAACGGGACCCAAAUCGGUAAAGAAAUCAAUAUUACCUAUAUUUACAUAUAUAUAUAUAUUCCCCUAUGUUUCUCUCUAUAUAUAUUCACCCAUUUCCCCCGCUUCUCGCCGAAGCGAUACGGCCUUGCUUUAACUAUUAAAAAAUAGGACGAAUCAGGACCAUUUCUCACCCAAAAAAAAAAAAGAAACGCCUUAAGCAUUUUUCUUCUGUCUCGAAAUCGCUGGGGAUUUUUUGUUCCUUCUUUGCACUAAUGCUGGGAUCGUGUUGCACUUUGUAAAAGAGAGAAAGCUUUGUAAAAAAAAGGAGGAAAGAAGAUCCUUGAGUCGAAAUAAGGGGCGGAUUUUCAGGGAUUUGUUAUCGGGUUUUCGGGCGGGAAAAGGACCGUUCUGUGCGGAAUAAUAACGGAAACGAUUGGCUUUUGUUUGCUUGCGGUGUGGACAGAAAGGUCCCGAUUCAGGCCGAGCUCGAGCGAAGCGUUAGGUUCGAAUCCUCCUUUUUCUCCGUAUCCGCGGCUCGUUGUUUACGCUAUUUUCCACCCCUUCUUUGCUCGUUCCUUCGUUCCAAUUUCUAUCUCGCGGCCCGUACCCGGUCGGCCUUCUUUCCUCCUCGGUCCGACUUUCCUAUUUAAAGACAAAAAGAAAAAACCUAUAGAUCUAUUUAUAUAUAUUUUUCAGCGGGAGUUUUUAUUUAAGUUCAGAGGAAUUGUCGUCGGGAUUUUAUUUUUUGAAACGAAAAAAAAUUAUAUAUAACUCUUUAUCUCUUCUCGCUAUAUAUAUAUAUUUUUAAACAAGGAGCGUUCCGUUCUAGUUUUGUCCCGUGUUGAGGUCCUUAUAGAGUCCGAUCCCCCCCCUUUUUAACCCUAUGGAGAGUAUAUUAAUAAUGCCGUAUUGAUGCUGUUUUAUUUUCUAAGAUAUAGGUAUAGAUAUAUAUAUAUAGAUAUAAUACAUGAGAUUGGUCGAGGAAGAAUAAGAUAUUUUUUAUCAGACGGGGGCCAUUUUUCUUCUUCUUACCUUACGAUGAUAAUUAUUGCUAUUGCUACUCUUAGUGUCGUCUCUUUAUUUUAUUGAUAAGGAAAUAAUCUAUCCAGAGCACUCUAAAAAAAAAUCAAUUUUUUUUUUUGAAAACGAGCAAAAACUUUCAAUGGCUAAUUUACUGUUUAUUCAGAUUGACGAGGAAAGCACAGACGAGACAUUCCAUAGAUUGUAUGUUUGAUAGAAUUCUUUAUUGCGGGGGGAUUCGAUAACGUAAAAGACGUUGGGAGAUAAGUACAGAAGAUAUAUAUAUAUAUAAAUAAAUAUAUAAAAUGCACUUUUUUGCGGGGAGGGGGCUUAAAAUGAAUAUAUAUAUAUAUAUAUUAAAAAUUUAGAAUGAUGGAAUUUCUCAUUCUUGUAUAGAAGACCCUCUUUUUUAAAAAAAAAUCCUAAUGUUUGAUAGCGUUGUUUAUUUUUUCCCCCUUGGUUUGGUUUUUUUUUUCUUUUGUUCUUUUUUUGGAAAGACGCAAUGUAAAAUGGCUACGAUCCAAAGCGCUGUUUUGGAAGAGAAUGGGAUUUUAUUUUAUUUUAUUUUUGAAGCGUGAUUGGUUGUUUUUUCCCUGCUCGAAUCUUGUUGAUGUUGUGCCAUGCAACUAUCGGCUCCCCGGUCCUGUGGCUGAAUGGGUGGACCAGGCUACUCCAAGGAUAUUAAAAUCGGCCGACAAAAGUCAAUUGCCCUGAGUUGGGAGAAGGUGGGCUUUGAUAUGUGGUUAAGUCUUGGGGUGAUUGAGAACGUUGUAGCUAAGGUGUAAUUUGUGAUUAGACCCUUCUUUGGACUCUCAACUCUCCGAUUUGGUGCUAAAUGCGAUACUUAUUUCGGCGAUCCCUCGUUGUCCGAGUAUGAUGGCCCUCCAAGUGUAGUGUCUUGAUGGUGGAUACGUGGUUGACUUCGGAGCCUGUUUUUACCCCAAGGUGGUCCCGGUCAGGGUUGACUUGACCGCCUUCCUAUUGGCCCGUUUUUCUCUUCCGCCCUCCAUUCACGCCUCUCCGAAUACCACAGCACUUCUGGUCAGAGUUAACCUCCACCUAGAUCCUUCAAAAGCCAGUUUUUCGCAACAGGGAUCCUAUCGGGUCCGCUGGCUUUGCUGUUUUUUUGUUGACUGACAGCGUUUGCGACUUCCUCCAGAGUCGGCAGUGCUGGAUUGUUGUUGUGGGAUUUGCGAGAUAACCUCUUUGGCCACAUUGGAGCUCGUGGUAGUGCUCUUUCCAACAUAGUGUGGUUGUUGUUUUGUCCAUCUGAUGGUUUAUGCCAUGAUUUCUUGGUCCAUAGAUGCCUUUUGUGGCGUUUAAAAAUCCCAAAUCUGCGAAUCGUUGGAUUUCUUCAACCAUCCUUGUCCACCAGAUGUUCUUGAGAUCUCUGGUCCUUCUUUGGACCAACGUAGUGCGGUUGGCGGGUCCAAGGGUUAAUAGUUGUAUGGCAUGCGUGUUCAUCCCAGCUAGAAUAAACAUAUGAUAAUGUGUUGACUCGCCUAUUUCUACGGCGCCGGCUCUUCUUUCGGGUUGCGAGAUUCUCCUUCUCGAGGUCGUGUUCCCCUCGUUUUCUCCGUCGUUUCGUUUCCAAAUAAUACACGAUUCGGCCCUUCUUUGGACUCGUUGUUUUCCCGUUUGGUGCUAAACGCCAUCCUUCCCGACCCGAAAUAUAUAUAUUUAUCUCGAGAUUCUUCCCCUUUUUUACAAAAUAAUUCAUCCAAAGGGACCGGUCGUUGUUCACGUUGACCUCUCUUUGAGUAAUAGUUUUGUCCAAAGGACCGGUCGCGAUACAAAUAAUGUAUCCAAAGAAACCGGUCAGCAUUCAUAUUGACCUUGAAAAAUUAUUUAUCCGAAGGGACUGGUCAACAUUCGUCUUGAUUUCUCUUUAAAACUAUCCGAGGAAGGAACCGGUCAUUCUUGAUCGUGGUCUCUGUGAAAUACCAUCUUUAUAUCCAAAGGAACCGGUCACUAUUCAUAUUGAUUUCUCUUUCAAAAUAAUGUAUCUGGAAAAAACCGGGCACCAUUUCUAUUGAACUUUCCUUGAAAAAUAAUAUAUCCGAAAAAACCGGUCACCAUUUCUAUUGAACUUUCCUUGAAAAAUAAUUUAUCCGAAGGAACCGGUCACAAUUUGUCUUGAUUUCUCUUUAAAACUAUCCAAGGAAGGAACCGGUCAUUCUUGAUUGUGGUCUCUGUGAAAUACGCUCUUUAAAGGGGCCGGUCACUAUUCAUAUUCAAAAUAAUGUAUCCGAAAAAACCGGUCACCAUUUCUAUUGACCUUUCCUUGAAAAAUAAUAUAUCCAAAUGCACCGGUCCUCGUUCUUAUUGAUUUCCCAUCUCUCUUCCCGAAAAAACCGGUCACCAUUUCUAUUGACCUUUUCUUGAAAAAUAAUAUAUUCGAACGGACCGGUCCUUGUUCUUAUUGAUUUCCUAUCUCUCUUCCCGAAAAAACCAGUCACCAUUUAUAUUGACUUUUCCUUGAAAAAUAAUAUAUCCAAAGGGACCGGUCACCGUUCUUACUGAUUUCUCAUCUCUCGUUCCGAAAAGGACGAAAACGAGUCGGACGCAAUCGUUUCCGAACCCCGAACCAAGCCAUGAGGUUCUUCCUGACCCCGCUCCGGGAGAGCGCAAACGGGAAGAAGGAAGCCAUGUUUCCCCCCUUUUGAAAAAAAAAAAACAACCCGCUGUGCCUCGUCGCUCCGACUCGCUCCCUCUCGACUCAUUUUUACAGGAUCCCGGACGAGCCCCCAUCUGGAAACCCCAAAUUCCUCCCUUUUUCCUUUUCACAAAAAGCUACAAAUAUAUAUAUAUAUAAAAACUUCAGGGUGUUUUGAUAAACAUUUUUUCGGAAACGAGAGCGGCUCUCCGUGUAUGUAUGUCUUUCUUUCCCGGGAGAGAAUCGGUUCUCAAUGGUGCCUUUGCGUCGGAGAAUUUUGGAUGGUACAGAGCGAUACGGGACAAUUUUCCCCUGAUUUAAUAUUAAUCCCUUCUUUAUAAAAUAUGUUUUUAUUUCGGUCACCGACCCGCAUUCCCUUCUUCAAUAUGAGAAUCUCCAUUAUUUUUUCUGAACGCUUCCCGGCUAACGCACCAGAAACAAACAAGUCUUGCUCUCUCCCAAAACGAGAAUUAGACGUAUAGUUUUCUUAGGACUUUUUCCAAAUUCGUCCCGGCUAACGAACCAGAAACAAGCAGUUCUUGCUUUUUCCCAAAACGAUAAAUAGACGUUGUAUAGUUUUCUUAGGACUAUAUCUUAUUAUUUUCACCCCAAAUUGAAUGGGUUUCUUGGCCGAACACAACAGAAACCUUUUUACGGAAACCAAAUUCGCCUUUUUGAGAUAUUUAAUUCUGCGAUUUUCUGAUCUUUGGAAAGCGAAUCCAUGUUUUCGUGACGUUUACUUCCGCAGUUUUCCGGCUAGCGAACCAGAAACGAGCGAGUCUUGUUUUCUCCCAAAACGAGAAAUAUACGUAUAGUUUUCUUAUGACUUUCUGGUAUUAUUCUGACCCCAAAUUGAAUGGGUUUCUUGAUCGAACACAACAGAAACCUUUUUUUCGGAAACCAAAUUCGCCUUUUUGAGAUAUUUAAUUCUGCGGUUUUUCGAUCCUUGGAAACUGAAUUCGCCUUUUUGUGACAUUUAAUUCCGUAGUUUAUCAAUCCUCUGAUUCUCGCUUCUUUUGAAACCAAAUCCACUUUUACAAGAUACUUAAUUCCGUGGUUUUCUGAUCCUUCGAUUCUCGCUUCUUUCGAAACCAAAUCCACUUUUUUGAGAUAUUAAAUUCCGCCGUUUUCCGAUCCUCCGAUUAUCGCUUCUUUCGAAACCGAAUCCACGUUUCCGAGAUAUUAAAUUCCGCGGUUUUCUGAUCCUCCGAUUCUCGCUUCUUUCGAAACCAAAUCCACUUUUUCGAGAUACCGAAUUCCGCGGUUUUCCGAUCCUUUCGAUUCUCGCUUCUUCCCAAAUACUUUAUCUCGAUUCUCGCUUCUUCCCAAAUACUUUGUGUCUUUUAUCUCUCUCUCGAGAAAAAAGCCAUUGUAUCCCACGAUGGCGACGGAUAACAUUGAUCAGGUUGGUUCUCUCUUUUUUGCGGCUGGGAUAAUUUCCACAUUGUUUGUUUUUUCGCCGCGGCGAAUAAUUUCCCGACCGUUUCUUAACAUCCCGUUUCCUUCGAACAAAGUUAGGAAUUUUUUGGGGCGGGUUUUUGGGGUAUUCUCUUUAUGGGGACAACUAUAAUUUUCUGUUUGUUUUUUUUUCCGUAAGCGAACUUUUCAGGCUCCGGGGCGAGUGGGGGCGGGGCAACCGCUACAACAUUUUUCUCGCCCGGGAUUAUCCUUGCGUUUAGGUAUUAUUAUUUUUUCCGAAACACGGCGAUAUAAUGACUCUAAAGCAGCGAAAACUACGUUUUGAUUUCCUUCCGUUGUUCCGGAUUGGUUGUGGACUAAAAUCGAAUCAGUUGUACGUUGGUUUAUUUUCAUUUCUUUCCUUUCUUCCUUCUUUCCUUCCUUCCUUCCAUAUAUUGUACUGUAAUAGAAAACUGUUAAUUUUUUGCACUAAUAGAUUUCUUUUUUCUCUC